AUGGGAGAAUUCAAGGUGGAUAAGUUCAACAUUGAAGAUUUCUUCAGUGGAGAUCUUGAUAUUUUCAAUUAUAGCUCUGGCAUGCCCUCUAUUCUGCCAGAUACUGUCCCAUGCCACCCAGAGAACCUAGAAAUCAACAGAUAUGCUGUGGUUGUAACAUACGUCCUGGUGACUCUGCUGAGCCUUGUGGGGAACUCCUUGGUGAUGCUGGUCAUCUUAUACAACCGGAGCACCUGCUCUGUCACCGAUGUCUACCUGCUGAACCUAGCCAUUGCUGACCUGUUCUUUGCCCUGACCUUGCCUGUCUGGGCUGCAUCUAAAGUAAAUGGAUGGACUUUUGGUUCAACCCUGUGCAAGAUAUUCUCAUACGUGAAGGAGGUUACCUUCUACAGCAGUGUUCUGCUGCUAGCCUGCAUCAGCAUGGACCGCUACCUGGCCAUUGUACAUGCCACAAGUACACUGAUCCAGAAGAGACACUUGGUCAAGUUUGUGUGCAUAGCCAUGUGGUUACUAUCAGUAAUUCUGGCCCUGCCCAUCUUAAUUCUACGAAGUGCUGUUAAGGCAAACCUUCCUACCUUAGUCUGCUAUGAGGAUGUAGGUAACAAUACAUCCCAUUUGAGGGUGGUACUGCGUAUCCUGCCUCAGACUUUUGGCUUCCUUGUGCCGCUGCUCAUCAUGCUGUUCUGCUACGGGUUCACACUGCGCACCCUCUUUAAGGCCCACAUGGGGCAAAAGCACCGGGCCAUGCGGGUCAUCUUCGCUGUCGUCCUUGUCUUCCUGCUCUGCUGGCUGCCCUACAACCUGGUUCUGUUCACAGACACCCUCAUGAGAACCAAGCUGAUCAAGGAGACCUGUGAGCGCCGCUAUGACAUUGACAAGGCCUUGAAUGCUACGGAGAUUCUUGGCUUCCUCCACAGCUGCCUUAACCCCAUCAUCUAUGCCUUUAUUGGCCAGAAAUUUCGCCAUGGACUUCUCAAGAUCAUGGCUACUUAUGGCCUUGUCAGCAAGGAGUUCUUAGCCAAGGAAGGCAGGCCUUCUUUUGUUAGCUCGUCUUCAGCAAACACCUCUACUACCCUCUAA